GCAGGGCUGCCAGAUUGGGCUAUUUAACGCAAAUUGGGCUAUCUAGAGGACUCUUGUGCGGUAUAAAUUUUUCAAACGAGGAUUUCCGCAUUUUGCUAUUUUUUAAGCCACGGUGUAAAAUAUAAUUUUUAUGUAAUCUUACAAUUAUAUCUUACAGUACACCGUGUCUUGAGCGAAAAUACUCAAUUCAUCUGGGUUUGAAUUUGUGGAAACACCGAUAGUUUGGCACUAUGAGAUUUGCAACACUGGUUUACAAAUCUAUGGCUGCAUUCUACGCUUGCGCCGCACAGACAAGGAACGCACUUGGACAUUGCACGACAGAGAUGCCAGGUCUCAGCUUUGCACGAACACGACGAAAUGGCACGUCGGUGUGACGCUUCGACAAAUUGACGAGCGCCAAGCGCCACACUGACGUGCCUUGUCGUUGUGUCUGCACAAAACCAAGGCCACGAUUUGACAUCUUUACACAGUCCUCUUCUUGUCUGAUCGUUAUUAAUAGCUUUUAUGAGCGGGUAGUUUUAAAUUUGUCUUAUGGUAUCUAUAUCGUGUGCAAUUUAAUAAAUGUGAUAUAUAUAUUGUAUAUUACAAUAGUAAAGAUGGGUAAAUGGGGUAAAUAUAAGAAACGUUUCCAAAAGAAAUGGUUAAUAGAACCAGAACUGAAGAAUUGGCUUGAAGAAAGCAAUGAGAUUGAUGUGUUGAAUGGCAAGCAGGAAGCGUACUGUAAACUAUGCAAAUGUCAUUUGCGUGCAAAGCAUAGUGAUCUUAUCGCCCAUAAGAAAUCUAAUAAACAUUGCGAGAAAGAGCAAGUCCUAGACAGAAAAACACAGUCUUCGAUGCGACAGCAUGGUUUAUUAUCAUAUUAUAUGAUAUUAUAUUAUAUCAUAUUAUAUGAGAUACGAAAAAAAAGCGAUAUUGGGCUACAUUGCUAGGGAAUGUGCGGAUUUUGGGCUAGCUCAGCUCGCUCUAGCGGCGGUUUCUGCGGCACACAUUCUGGCAGCCC